AUGGGGGGAGGGGGCCGCGGCAGCGCGCACUUCCGUCGCGUUUAUCCACCUGGCAGCACCAAUUCGCCCGCCCGUCACUCACCCUCCGCCCCCCGGGCGCUCGCUGCCCCGCCCGGCCCAGGCCGCCACGAGGGUAGGGACCCCCAAUCGGGGCCUCCGGGUCCCCUGCCCGCGCACCCGGGCCGGGGGGCGGGGUCCUCAGGGACCCUUCUCCCGGAGCUCUGGGACCCGGGAGCGCGCACACUCUCCUGGGUGCCUCGGGAGCUGGACGGCGAGACUGAGCAGAGGGCGCGAUCUCCCCACCAGCGCGACUCCUCCUCGGACGGGGAAGAGGGUCGCUCCGCCCCCUCCCCGGGGUCUCUCUGUCAGAGGCUGCCCAGGCAGGCGGGUGGCUGGGAGGCUGCCCACUCCCCGGUGGGACCCGGGGCCAGUCCUAGUGCCCAGAGGACUGCCAGUCGAGCAGAACGUCACGGAGACUUCCCACCGCCAAUCCCGCAGCCACUGCUGCUGCUCUCGGCUGCGGAAACCCGGGGUUGCCCACGGGAGGAGAAGGGGCGACGGGUCCCCGGCCGCGGGCAGGGGGCGCCAAAGAACGCCCCGGGGCCGGGCGGGCAGCUGGCGAGGCGGGCAGGCAGGCGGCAUCUCCCGGCCCGGGCGCCCCUCCCGGCGCGAACACCAGACCUGUCGACCGCUCUGCACCCGCCGCGGCCCGGAGAAUUUCCCGCGGCCGUGCCCUCGGACCGAGCUGACUGCGGGAGUGGCCGCCAACUUCACAGCCUACAACCCCCCCCAAGUCAUGCCCACCCCGGGGGCUGCGGGAGGGCGACCACGGGGCGCAAGUUUGCCAUCCCUGAGGCGGGGUCCCGGCCGGGCGCGGAACAGCUCGCGGCCGCCGCGCCGAUGGCCGAGGCUCCCGCUCCGCCGAGCAGCGGGUGCAGAAAAGGCGCCGCGGAGCAGCGCGGGGCGGGCGGGCGGGCGCCGGGCCGGGCGCGGGCUCCUGCCGCCGCCGCCCGCCGCCGCCUCCUCGCCGCGCCGCCCCCCGCUCCCCCGCCCGAGCGCCGCCCGCGCCGCGCGCCGCCUCCUAUUCGCGGGCGGCGGCCGCAGCCCCGGGCCCAGAAAACCUGCGCCGCAUCCUCUUUGGUCUCCUCGCGCCACCGCCGCGGCCGCUACCGCUACCGCCACCACCAAGCUGGGUUCCUCCGGCCGCUCCGGCCGCUGCCCGCAGCGCGCGCGGGGCCGAGUGACGGCCGAGGGGGGACGCGGCGCCUGCGCGUGCCGGGCCCGGGAGGGGGCGCGCGCCCGGCUGGGCGCGAGGAGCCGCGGGAGAUGGGGCGGGGGACGGGGACGACGCGCGCCGCCUCCUGUUAA